GGCCUUUUCCAAGUUUCCAUUCAAUCCAUUUCAUUUUUCAAACAUGGAUCAAAAUUCUCUUCAUCCCUGAUCUUGCAACCUCAAACCUAGGGUUUCUCUGCAACUCCCAAGUUGCAGAAAGAAAGGAUAAGCAGUUCGAACCGAACCCAUGGCAUCUUCAUCGAUGACGUUGUUCCGUCGCCACACGUGGUUGGGGUUCUUAUUCUUUUUAGCGCUAGGGACUGGUUUGGAUUCUGGACAUGCUUUGAAGGUUCCAUUUAGGGUUAAGGACGUCCUUCCGGUUCUGCCUCGUCAGGUUUCGUGGCCUGUGCUUAAUACUAUCCACAGUGCCGUUGAUCUCUUGCCAUCUUUUGUCGGAUCGGUUUCUCCCAACAAUGCGUCUACCAAGUGGAAAGGAGCUUGCUUUUAUGGUAAUGAAGCUAGGUUCGAGUUCACUAGUGGAAAAACCGAUGAAAAGGGCUUGGGAGGCGGUAUUAUAUAUCUCACGACUGGCGAAGCUCACAGCUGGACCUGUAUGGAUCUUUAUGUGUUUGCUACACCCUAUAGGGUAACCUGGGAUUAUUACUUUUCUUCUAGGGAGCACACCUUGGAGAUUGCAUCAUGGGAGGAACCUGCAGAGUUGGAAUAUAUGACAUUCUUGGUGACUAUGGACCAGGUAAAGCAGCAUGGAAUAUCUGUGUUUCUUAUGCCAUCAGGAAUGCUGGGAACAUUGCUCUCUCUGCUUGAUGUCUUGCCUCUAUUUUCCAACACUGCUUGGGGUCAGAGUGCAAACAUAGCCUUUUUAGAGAAGCACAUGGGGGCAUCAUUUAAAAAGCGUCCUCAGCCUUGGCGUUCCAUUAUCAAUCCAGAGGAUGUUCAUUCUGGUGAUUUCUUAGCAAUUUCAAAGAUCCGUGGGCGGUGGGGUGGUUUUGAGACAUUAGAAAAAUGGGUAACAGGUGCAUUUGCUGGUCACACAGCAGUUUGCUUGAAGGAUGAAAUGGGAAAUUUAUGGGUUGGUGAGUCAGGGCAUGAGAAUGACAAGGGAGAGGAAAUUAUUGUAAUAAUUCCAUGGGAUGAAUGGUGGGAACUAUCACUCAAGGAUAACUCUAAUCCGCAUAUAGCAUUGCUUCCCUUGCAUCCUGAUUUGCGUGUAAAGUUUAAUGCUACUGCAGCAUGGGCCUAUGCUCGGAACAUGGCAGGCAAGCCAUAUGGUUAUCAUAACAUGAUAUUUAGUUGGAUCGAUACCAUGGAUGAAAAUUAUCCACCUCCUCUUGAUGCUCACUUGGUCCUUUCUGUCAUGUUUAUGUGGACUAGAUUGCAACCGGCAUAUGCUGCUAAUAUGUGGAAUGAAGCUCUAAACAAGCGUCUGGGAACUGAUGGUUUGGAUUUGCCUGGAAUACUCGCUGAAAGUGAGAGGCGUGGCAUUUCCUUUGAUCAAUUACUUAUCAUCCCAGAACAAGAUGAAUGGGUGUACAGUGAUGGAAAAUCAACAACAUGCGUUGCAUUUAUACUUGAGAUGUAUAAAGAGGCUGGAAUUUUUUAUCCUAUUUCCAGUUCUAUUCAGGUCACUGAGUUCACUAUUCGUGAUGCUUACAUGCUAAAGAUAUUUGAGAAUAACCGAACACGCCUACCAAGUUGGUGCAGUAAUGCAGAUGGUGAGCUUCCAUUCUGCCAGAUUCUUGGAGAGUACCAAAUGGAAUUGCCUCAGUAUAACACCAUUGAGCCAUAUGCCAACAUGAAUGAAAACUGCCCCUCCUUACCACCAACAUAUGAGAGGCCGGUAAGGUGUUGAAAACUUGAACUGGAGCUGUAGGUGCUAUUUGUAGUCCUGAAAUAUUCUCUCUGAGCUUGUAUGAUGUUACUAAGAAGUUACUGAUGUCCUCCUUGGAGAUAAUCAUGGUAUGUGUAAAUAAGCAAUACGUAUUUUCACAUGUUUCUCCCUGAAAUCUUCAAGAUCAGCAUAUUCUUGCUUGCU